AGGGUCCCAUUGUGUCCCUAUGGGGUCCCUAUGGGGUCCCUAUACCCCUAUGGGGCCCCAUUAUGUCCCUAUGGGGCUCUAUAGGAUCCAUAUUCCGCCCCACAGCUCUCCCCCCGGACCUGGUCCCGUUGCUGUCGGCCAUGUUGGAUCCCUGCCCACGGCGCCGCCCCACAGCGGGAUCCCUAUUGAGGACGGAGCCCAUGAGGAGGGCGGCCAGAUGGCGGCCCUAUAGCCGGCUAUUGGAUGUGGGGCUCAGGAGGGGGGCCAGCAUCAUCCAGAGCUGCAUGGCCGCCCUAUGGCACCUGUGGGCCUCGCUAUGGGGCUGGGCUAUGGGGCAGAGCUCCCCUAUCACCCCACCCCACAGCCCCCUCCGGCCCCACAUCGACCCAUGGGAUGAAGAAGAGGAAGAGGAGGAGGACGAGGCACCGUGGGGCCACAGCCCCCAUUGGAGCCCCACAACCUUCGGCCCCAUAGACACCCCACGGCAUCGCGGGAAGCCAUUGAGCUGCCCCAUGUCUCCCCCCAGCCCCACAUCAAUGGGGCGCCUGCGUCGCACCCUGACCUUCGACGAAGACUGAGUUCUGAUUGGCUGAAAUCACGGACACCCCGCUUCUGAUUGGCCAAACGACGCCACGAUGCUUCUGAUUGGACUGCGGGCCGGGCUCGCGUUCUGAUUGGCCGAAGUAACGGCAGCGACGCCUCUGAUUGGUCGAGGAGAGUCGGUUGGAUCCGCCAAUCAAAUCACUUCAAAUCACUGCGACCUGGGGGGGGUGGGGGGGGGGCGUGGCCAAAAGGAAGCCCCGCCCACUCCCAACCCCCUUCAAUCCCAUUGGCUGCAGCCAGGCUGCUCUAUUUGCAUGAUCACGCCCCUUCGAUUUGAAUAAAUCAUUAAUAUUCAUGAGCA